AUGACCUCAGACACACACCAACAUCAGCGAUCAAGACUCUCGGCACGACUCUCCUACAGCAACUUUGAAGUUGCCAUCAAUGCAUUCCUGCAUCAGACACGACAUCACACCCCCUGGAGUUAUGUCGAAUACUCUCCGAGGAGAGGUCAACCAUUACAGGGAUACCUUACACUGACAAAACUAGUCCACAGUCAUCACGCCAGCUCAGGAGCACCCAGCACCAGUACCGGCACUCUCUCAACAGGAGCAAGAAUAAGAACGAUCGAUCCGGCAGACCAAUUGCUCCUAGACGAAUUAGCUGAACAAUUAGACGAUAUCCCUGACGGCGAGCAGGAAGAAGAAGCUGACCCUGUCGUCGAAAACUCAACAAGUACAACAACCUUCGACUACCUAUCCGUCAACUACCAUAUCGUCUUUUCGCCGAGCUACCAGGUCCCUGUCCUCUACUUCAAUGCCUACCGUCCAGACGGGCCUGCGAUCUCGCUGGAAGAGAUCUACGAGUCGUUAGUCCCCGAGGAAUGGAGGGGGGCAGUCAGGGACGCAGGAUUGAACGGCGGUAUCUCACAACAGGACCAUCCAGUACUGAACACUCCUUACUUCUACAUGCAUCCUUGUGAGACUGUGCCUUUGAUGGAAACCAUCCUCCAGAACAACGGCAGUCCGAGUGGAACACCAUUCCUGGAGAACUACAUUGUGACAUGGUUAAGUUUUACGGGGCAGGCGAUAGGAGUCUCUGUGCCGACGGACAUGGUAGCAACCAAUGGUUAA